AUGAUCGUGACUCACACAUCAACCAAUUCUGCCCCGCUCUCUCCUCACACAGUCGACGUUCUCACCACCAUCUCGUCGUGUCUGAGGCAUGUCGCGGAGGAAGCUCAAGCGACGGACGACCUUGAAGACCGAGUAGGGGAGCUCGAGGAUGAGAGUCGGAGGCGACAGGUGCGAGAGGCUGCCUGGGAGGAGCGGCUGAGGCGGCUCGAGGAGGCCGAUACGAGUGGCGGGGAUGGCAAGAAGAGGAAGAAGAAGAAGGAAGACCUGGACGUGAGCAAGGAUGAGAGAGUGAGCAUGCGGUUUCGUUAG